AUGUUAUUUCUUAAUAUUAUUAAGCUCCUUUUGGGACUUUUUAUUAUGAAUGAAGUAAAGGCGCAAAACUUUUACGAUUCCGAUCCUCAUAUAUCAGAGUUAACGCCAAAAAGCUUCGAUAAAGCGAUCCAUAACACAAAUUACACAUCAUUAGUGGAAUUUUAUGCUCCGUGGUGCGGCCAUUGUAAGAAGCUCUCUAGUACGUUCCGCAAGGCAGCAAAAAGAUUGGAUGGUGUAGUCCAAGUUGCUGCUGUAAACUGUGACCUUAACAAGAAUAAGGCUUUGUGUGCUAAAUACGACGUAAACGGAUUUCCCACGUUAAUGGUAUUUAGGCCCCCAAAAAUUGACCUAUCUAAGCCAAUAGAUAACGCCAAAAAAAGUUUCAGCGCUCAUGCCAAUGAAGUGUACUCAGGUGCAAGAACUCUCGCGCCUAUUGUUGAUUUUUCUCUUUCAAGAAUAAGGUCAUAUGUCAAAAAGUUUGUCCGUAUAGAUACACUUGGCUCUUUACUUAGAAAGUCACCCAAACUUUCCGUGGUGUUGUUUUCCAAACAAGACAAAAUUUCACCGGUUUAUAAAAGCAUUGCCCUUGAUUGGUUAGGAAAGUUCGAUUUUUAUUCAAUUUCAAACAAAAAACUCAAGCAACUAACCGAUAUGAACCCAACAUAUGAAAAAACUCCUGAGAUUUUCAAAUAUUUGCAGAAGGUCAUUCCUGAACAGCGACAGAGCGAUAAAAGUAAGCUUGUCGUUUUUGAUGCAGACAAAGAUAAAUUUUGGGAGUAUGAAGGGAACUCAAUCAACAAAAAUGACAUUUCCAAAUUUCUGCGGGACACUUUUAGUAUUACCCCCAAUGAGGGUCCUUUUAGUAGACGUUCUGAAUAUAUUGCUUACUUAAAAACUGGCAAGAAGCCAAUUAAAAAGAACCAUUCCUCCUCAGGAAACAAGCACGACGAAUUGUAG